AUGCGCUCCAACGACGCCCUCUCGACGUCGUCCAACUCCUCGACCGUGAUGGAGAAGCCACAAGCCCCCGCAAGGACGGACCCAGAAAAGACGAAGGAGACGGGGGACCGCUCGCCCUACGGGACAUCCACCCGCCAUCCAUCAAUGGAGCGCAUCCCCUCCCAGCAGCGCGAGACCGAGGCAAACAUCUACCCGGAACCCGCCAACGUCGCCGAGGCCGACAUCGAAAAGGGCGGCUUGGCGUCGCCGGCCGCCGACAGGCAGGAUGCCAAGAAAGACGGCGACGCACCCGCGGCGCCACCCGCAGCCGCCGCGCCGGGCUUCAACCCCGCCGACUUCCCGGACGGCGGCACACAGGCCUGGCUCGUCGUCUUUGGCGGUUGGUGCGCGCUGUUCUGCACGUUCGGGCUGAUUAACUGCGUUGGCGUCUUCCAGGCGUAUUACCUGGAGGGCCCGUUGAGGGGAUAUCCUUCUUCGACGGUGUCGUGGAUUACGAGUUUGCAGGUGUGGACGAUGACGUUCAUGGGCGCUUUGUUCGGUCGCUUGUACGACUCAUACGGCCCGAAAUACCUCCUCUACGGAGGCACCAUCGUUUACGUCUUUGGCCUGAUGAUGACCUCGCUGUCGACGCAGUACUACCAGUUCAUCCUCGCCCAAAGUCUGGUAUCCUCCAUCGGAUCCAGCGCCGCCUUCAACGCCUGCAUGGCCUCCGUCACGUCGUGGUUCUUCCGCCGCAGAGGUGCCGCCUUGGGCAUCAUGGUCUCGGGGUCCUCGCUCGGCGGCGUCAUCCUGCCCAUCAUGAUGUCCAAGAUGAUCCCGCAAGUCGGCUUCCCGUGGGCCAUCCGCACCGUCGCCUUCCUGUUCCUCUUCCUGCUGAGCAUCGCGUGCUUGACGGUCAAGUCGCGCCUGCCGCCCAGGCCGCGGCCCUUCGUCCUGCAAGAGUACCUCGACGGCUUCCGCCAGCCCGCCUUCGCCAUCACCAUCUUCGGCCUGUUCCUCUUCUUCUGGGGCAUGUUUCUGCCGUUUAACUUUGUCAUCCUACAGGCGCGGGCGCAGGGCAUGGACGAGAACCUGGUGAUCUACCUGCUCCCCAUCAUGAACGCCGUCAGCAUUCUCGGCCGCAUCAUCCCGGGCAUCGUCGCCGACAAGAUGGGCCGUUUCAACGUCAUGAUCCUCAUCACCUUCAUCAGCGCCCUCUUCUGCCUCGCGCUCUGGAUCCCGGGCAAGAGCAACGCCGCCAUCAUCGUCUUCCUGGUCAUCUUCGGUUUCUCGUCGGGCGGUUUCAUCUCACUGGCCCCGGCGCUGAUUGCCCAGAUCUCGGACAUUAGACAGAUUGGCAUCCGGACCGGAACCGCGUUUGCCGUUCAGUCCUUUGGCGCGUUGACGGGCAGCCCCAUUGCUGGCGCGAUUGUCGCGUCGCAGGGUGGCAGCUUCCUCGGCCUGCAGCUGUUCUGCGGGUUCGCUAUGCUCGCGGCUGUGGGCGUGUUCAUCGCUGCGCGUACGGUACAGGUUGGACUGAAGUUGAAGGUUGUAUAA